AGAAUACUGGGAAACAAACAGUGGUAUGAAUAAACGCUCCGCGUAAACAUCCGUUGCUGAGGUGGGCAAGCGCUCGCAGAACACAAGUAAAACAACUCAUCCAGGGAACGCAACGACCGUCUAUCCGCGACUUUUAUAAUCGGUGUUAUUCUGGCCAAGGGAUGUGACAUGUUGAGCAGGGUGAGCGGCGGGACUUUGGACCGGAGCCUGGUUGGGAGUAGCGUUACUGCAGUGAGCUGUGCCUGGAGUCAGGAAAGUUGAGCGACGCGUGUGUGUGAUUUAUCCGUCAGACGCGAUGACAGCAGCGCCUGGAGGGAUUUCUUUCCUCUGAUGUUGGGAAGGGGAGUAUGGCGUUCAUAAGUGAACAGACACAUUCGCAUCUUGAGUGCUUGAAGUGGUACAACUCCACAUCAGUUUUCCCCAGAUAAAUUAUUAUACGUAACUGGACUUUUCGGGACAAUUCCUCACUAUCCAGGGAAUUGAUUGCCUUUGUCAGAGGAUCCUCAGGAUUUGCCAACGUGUAAAUCCAAGGGUCAACAUUUUGGACUGGACGUCCAAACAAUCAAUCGAGUGAAGUCAUAUGAAGAAGGGAUGAAUAUGUGGAGCUCAGGGUCAGUGCAGGGUGUGCUGAAAGCCCUGAAGCACGCCGCGGGGAAAGGACACAUCCAGCUCAGCCGCUGGCUGCAAAAGACCCCUGACUCACUGGACUGCGACAAGAUCGACAUCUUGAUCUGUAACGUCUUUGACGAGAGAGCCAACGGCGGGAAAUCGGAGGCAGAGCCGGCGGGACUGACCGAGACCGGUGCGCCCUUCACCUCCGAGUUCAGGCAUCCGUGUUGCAUUACCACCUGUUGCUUUAAAAGUGCCCUGUUGGCGUGCAUCCUGACAGCCGUGUGCUUUUCAUCGGUCGCUCUCGUGCGCCAGUACCUGAAGGAUGUCUUGUUGUGGGUGGAGAGUUUGGACAGUUUCGUGGGCGCCUUGCUGUUCAUUGUCGGCUUGAUCACGGUGUCUUUCCCCUGCGGCUGGGGUUAUAUCGUGCUCAACGUGGCCGCGGGGUAUUUAUAUGGGUUUGUGUUGGGGAUGGGACUGGUGAUGGUUGGGGUUUUGAUCGGGACUUUCAUAGCUCAUGUGGUCUGUAAGCGAUUGCUGACGAACUGGGUUCUGAGUAAGAUCGGCAGCAGUGAACAGCUGAGUGCUGUUAUUCGGGUGGUGGAGGGGGGAAGUGGACUCAAAGUUGUGGCCUUAGCGAGACUCACUCCGAUUCCUUUCGGUCUCCAGAACGCGGUCUUCUCGAUCACAGAUGUGUCCUUGCCAAAUUAUUUAGUGGCUUCCUCAGUGGGACUUCUCCCAACACAACUCCUUAACUCCUAUCUUGGCACCACCCUGCGCACAAUGGAGGACGUGAUCGCAGAACAGAGCGUCAGUGGAUACUUUGUGUUCAGUCUACAGAUCUUCAUCAGCAUAGGCCUGAUGUUUUACGUUGUCCAUCGAGCACAAGUGGAACUGAAUGCCGCCAUCGCCGCCUGCCAGAUGGAGCUGAAGACGUCGUACAUGAAUGGCGGAGCGGCCAACCACAGCGGCUCGACGUACUGCAGCAAACGGGCUGUGGCGGGAGGGGGGAUCAACGUGGUCUGAUCAACAUUUUUCUUGAGGAUGAACAUUUUUCAAUCCUCCGUCCAGUUGCAUUGCCCCGACUGGACGGCGGGAAAUCCGUCAGAGGGGAAUUCCUUGGCUGCGUCAGGGAGUCUUGGGAGCUGCUACCGUCCCAGACAGCGGUUCUAGUUCUGAUGAAGGUCUGACUGCGGAGCGGUACUGGACUAUCAAUCAGAUGAGAAGAGCUGACCAUCGCAUUUGAUGGAAACGUUGCCCAAAGAUUGGGACCCUGUGCCAGUAUUAAAUGAGAAGUUUAUGAAAUUGACUUGAGAUGUAUUUGAGGUACGUUUUCUUUUUAAAAUUCUUUUUAUGACGCUAAUAGAAAUUAUAACUUUAUAGGAGGUCUAAAGCAUGAAAUGGGUUAAUUUAAUUAAAGAGAAUGUCAUAGAAUUGUAGUUAGAUAUUACAGAGGGCCCAACUAAUAUAUCAGGUUAAUAUGCUUCAGAUGUUUGCUCUUUUGUUUUAUAAAUAUAUAAUGUUAUUUGGUAAAAAUUAAUUGUUGAAUUUCUUUUUUAUAUAUAUACUUUUCUGAGUUAAUCUAAAGGUAUUGCUUAAUGGAUUGUUUCUUUUCAUGUUAUGUGUAGAGUAAGAAAAAAAAUGAGUCCGUUAGUACCACCUGGAUAAAAUUGUGGCUUUUGCCAAUUGGGAACACUUUUAUGCUACACUGCGGUUUUUGUAAGGAACAGAUGGGAGGAGCGGAAAUUUUCUUAGCUGGAUAUUUAGGGCUGUCCUGCCAAGAACCUUUAGUACAGCAUGAUUAGCUCAGCAGUAUAUGUUCGAUUUCUCAUUCUCAUAUUGAGAGGACUGAAAUGAUUUGCCUUCUUUCUUGUAUGAUUUAACCAAAUGCUUUAUUAUAGGGCUGUUAGCAUUUUAUGACAUCACUUUUGUUAAUUUAUUCAUUGUUAGAAUCAUAUAAUUCCAAAAGUUUGCACAAAUGGGAUUCUAUACAACUAAAUAUGUAAGAGACAAAAUGCU